UCCGUGUUUGGUAUAUAUUUUACCCUGAUCCGUGAGUGUUCUGUGUUUGUGUAGUACACGUGACUCUCCGUAAAGAAAAGGGUCAGCACGAAAACGAAAGUAGUAUUGUAUAAUAUGCGUUUGAAUGUUCCAGAAUGGAAAAGGAAGUUCUAACUCUAGAGGAUAUUAAAGGAUUAGCAGAGACAUAUCUGAAAUGCCGGCUGUGCAAUGACAAUUUAAAUACGUCUGUUGGAUUAUCUCGCCUUCUUCCAUGUUUACAUAGCUUGUGUUUUCCUUGUCUCGAGAAAAAGAUGAUCGACAAAGAAAUUAUUUGUCCCAUUUGUUAUGAAAAACAUCGCAUUCAAAACAGAGGCUUGGACAAACUUUCAAGUGAUCCUAAUCUUAAGGACCUCAAUGCAUAUGUUGAUUUUCAUAGUUGUGGAGAGAAACAUAUAUGUGGGAUGUGUGACAAAAACACUGACCUGUCGCAUCGAUGUAAACAAUGUGAAGUCGUUAUUUGUAAUGGAUGUGUUUUGAUCCACAGAAAAAUACGGAAACUUAUACACCAUGAAUUAUUUCCUAUUCACCGAAACUCUGCUGAGAACCUGGUAAAUGACCCAGGAGAGUUUUCGUCGGAUGUGUUUUGCACUCAACGUGAUCAUGAAAAGGAAAUUUUGAGAAUUUAUUGUUCUUCACCUUGCAGAAAGCCAGUUUGCAUAUUGUGUGCCUUCGGUAAUCACCUUGGGCAUGUACAAUCCUUGCUACGCGAUGUUUACUGCAAGGAAAGACUGAAGGCUAACACUAUCUACUCUGAAAUUGAAAGUCAAGUCAAGGCGAUAGAAAAUGUAAUUCAGUGUGUCCAAAAAGAGAUGCAACUUAUUAGAGAGCAUGCCUUGCAUGAACAAAAUUCGAUGGAAGCAACAUUCAGAAAUGCAGAAAAAGUCAUAGACAAAUGCGAAAAGGAUCUCCUAAGAGAGGUAGAUGUUCUCUCUCUCCAAAAAGUUAAAAUACUUCAAAAUCAAGCAGAUUCUUUACAACACAACAAAGAUUCACGCAACGAAGCGAUUGUGUUUUUCCAGCAGUCUCUAUGUUAUAAUAACAAACCAGCUUUUCUCCUGAUAUCAAAGUCGAUUUUACAAAGACUUAAUGAGCUCGGGGAAAGAUCAUACCAUGUAGACCCGCACACUACUGCUCUUUCUUUUCGAUGCGUCAAAUCUGCAACAAUGUUUGACUUUCAAGAGAAUACGAGUAAACUAGUUAAGGUGUUUGUGUCAAAUGCAAACGUUUUCCGGUGCCAAUUUUUUGUUCCUACACAUUGUCGGGUACUCGAAAUAUGUCCAAUAUCCAUGAAUUUGAUUUCCUCAAGUGGAUCUGUAAUAUGCGAUGAGGAAGUUUUAUUUAUUGUGAAAAAUGGUAGAGGAAUGAAAAUCGAAAUAAAGUGUACAUUUUCGGACAUUGACAAAGCCAUGAGAGGAAAAUGGUCUUCAAAUGAGAGAGGAAUAUUUCAAUGGACAGUAUUAUCCAAUGGAAUACAAUUGACGGAUAAAAAUCAUGUAAAUAUUUUGUUGGUCUUGAACAUUUGUUUUUAGAAUCCAAGAUACUUGAUAAAAAUUGAUAAAGAGUUACAUUUAACUCUCCUGGUGAGCUCAUUGUCGGAUAUUGUACUUAAUGUUUCUCUCACGCAUGCAUGUAUUUAACUAUAUUACUUGUAAUUUAUCUAUCUUCUAUGUCAGUUUAUGAGAAUAAAGAAUUGUCAUUGUCA